AUUUGCUUGAAAGUUUUCUACUAGCUUUUGCUAUUCGUAUAUGAAUAUAAGUGUGCAUAGAUCCGUAUGUGUUUACCCUAAGUACGCAGCUUUUGAUUAACUGUCAUCGCGGUCACUAAGUCAGGCAGUUAUCGUCGUAACGCCCCCGGAAACACCUCGAGUGGAGAUCGUAACGCGGCGUGUUGAGAUAAAUUGUUAUUGAAGUUGAUAGUUUUCUUAUCACAUAACGUUGUUAAAUGUUACCAAAUUAGACGUUUGCGGGAAGCUUGUUCGAUGUGAAUCAAGAAAACAAAACAUGAACCAAUAUAGAGUUUCGGUGAAACUUACAAAGUGUACAAAAACUAUUGAUCACCCAAUUCAUUGGAGUAGUUUGUUUACGAGUAGCUUCUGCUGCUACUUCACAUCUCAAUGAAACCGAGUGCAGAGGUAAUUUCCGUUCAUAUUCAUAAUGAAUGAAUCCCAGGUAAAUAAUUUCCUACGUUGUCUGCUGCAUAUCGAUGACUUUAAUUAUUUGGCAUUGCAUGCACACGCCACCGUUAGAAGUGCUUUGAAUUCCAGUGAGACACAGCAUUCGCAAUCAUCCCAAAGUAUUAACCCUGAUUCGACCGAUCAUGACCAUGAUGAUGAUGAAUCAAGUAAUUACGAUGUCUUAGUCGCCAAAGUUACAGCCAUGGUGGUACUUUUCUGCGCGAGUACGUUAUGCGGCAGUAUUCCUUUUGCACUCAAUAAAUUUUUCCAUUGGACAGAGGAACAUACCAAUGCCCGCUCAGCAACAGUUGUUAAAUGUUUGUUAUAUUUUGGCGGAGGCGUGUUGUUAGCCACAACAUUCUUGCAUCUUUUGCCCGAAGUACAGGAGGCAAUCGAGCAAUUACAGGAGUGCGAUAUAAUUCCCGAUUUGGAAUUUAGUCUAGCGGAAUUGCUUAUGUGUAUCGGUUUCUUUCUCAUGUACUUGAUAGAGGAAGUUUUACACACAUAUAUACACCAACAUAUGCGUCUGAUGGGCAGUGAUGCUGGUGCCGGUGCAGCUUUCGAACGUGGACGUAGCAUACGCAACAGUUAUUUAGUGACGGGUAAACCAGCUGCCAGUGAAUCAACAGAGGAAGAUGUUCAUAAUGAGGAUACCAAAAUAGGCCUUGCGAGCACUUCCAACUCUCAGAGUGUUUCAGAAAUUAAUGUUGGAAACAUUGUAAGUGCACCAACCCUUUCAAUGCAAAACUUGAUAGCCAAUGGUGUAGAGAAUCAAAAGUACAAUAAGCAAGCUCAUAAUAAGGAGCCACAGAAAUAUGAAUCUCAACAAAUACAUCGUCAUCACCACCAUCAUGACCAUCAACAUCAACUCAGCCACGACCAAGCUCUUGGUCAUUCACAUAUGCCGAUUGGCAAUGCUAUCGAUAGUAAAGAUGCGAUCACAUCGUCGUUACGAGGACUCUUCAUAGUGUUAGCGCUAUCGUUGCAUGAACUAUUUGAAGGUAUGGCCAUUGGUUUAGAAAGCAAUGCAUCGGAUGUAUGGUUUAUGUUUGGUGCUGUAUCCGCGCAUAAACUGGUGCUGGCAUUCUGCGUUGGCGUCGAGUUAAUUGUAGCACGAACUCGCUUCGUGCUCUGUACAGUAUAUGUGUUGACAUUUGCUAUAGUAAGUCCGAUUGGAAUCGGUAUUGGCAUAUUGAUCAGCCAUAGCGAAGGUAUUACAUCACCUAACAUACCCUCAGCCAUAUUGCAGGGAUUAGCUUGUGGCACACUAUUAUAUGUCGUCUUUUUCGAAAUUUUGUCGAAAAAUCACUCCGGUCUGAUUGCUUACUUCUCGUUGUUGGUAGGAUUUCUAAUCAUGUUCGGACUACAACAGUUGGAUAAAAUGCCGAAAACAACCAGCAGUUGGAAGAAAUGUGUUGCUGGCUGCAGCGAUGGAGCCAGAAUAUUUAGCUUUCCAAACAGUGGAACGGAUCUCGAACGAUGUUCCGCUAGCUUCACGUUGAGGUCGGUGAUUUAUCGGACAGCCCUCGUAUAUGUCCUGUGAACGAUGUGGGGCCCACAUCGAAUAUAUUCCAACCGGAAUAUAAUUAUAUAAUGGUUAUCAUCGUAAAGGGUCAACCGAUAACCUCUGAUUGUGGGCAAAACUUCACAAUUGAAGGAACCUCCCUUCUCCACUACACGAAUUGUUCCGUCACGAUAGCGGAAGAACAUAUAAAGACAACCCUUCAGUCCAUUGGGACACAAUCUUCGUAGCACCACCAAAUCUAGAGAAAGUGCAAAUAACAACAAUAACAGAGACUUUAAGCCUAGAGAAGAUCAAAGAUUACAGUUUCAUCAACAAAAAUGAUAUUACGAGAUUAAGAAAGGAUGCAAUUCAAAGGAGAAACAUAAUAACGAUAACAACAUUGAUACUCAUCACCUUAAAUAUCACUUGUGUAACUCUGUUAUGGAAAAACUCCAGAUUUCGGUAUUAUCCUAAGCCCACUGAAGCCACUCUGUCUCCGCCAACUUCGUUGUGGCCAACGCUCCACUCUAAGGGGGGAGGAGUUAUAUCGUCAAAUCAACCCCCACCAAAACCCGGAAGGCACCAAUAUAAUUGUUUUCAAGUACCAUACAAAUGUACUAAAUAAAAAAAAUAUGUUUAUUUAUUUAUUAACGCAGAAAGCAAUGCGUUGUUUUCUUCUAAUAAUUUUACAACUUUUUCUUAAUUUUCUAAUGAUUUUGCUAAAUAUUUCUGCAUCAUUUGCUGUUCAUCUUUUAUCAAUUGGAAAAAACGAUCAUCUUGGUGUUUUCGUUUUCGUUCAUUUCUCGAAUUAGCACUUGUAGUUUUUUUCAUUACCCUGUACGAAUGAUGACUCACUACCCAGUGUUUUGUUAAUGGAGUGUUCAUUCAACGGUACCUCCAUUGCAUCAAAUUCACAAUCAAUUAAAGAUUCUUCACAAUUCAGCUCUAAAAAACAGAUGUUAACAAUAAAUACGUAUUUUUAAAUAAUAUAUUACAUACCGUAAAUUAAACUUUCGUCCAUUACUUCAAAUAAAUUAUUUGAUUUGAAACUGCCCAACCUCUUAUCCACGUCAUUCUAGAACUCCCACUUUGACGGAGAUCCACCACUAGGACCAAUUUUACGUUAUUCUUGCCUAAAAAAUUUAAGAUUUAGAAGAAUUAAAUAAGAAUAUUUCCGUAAAUGGACUGGUUCUUGCAUAUUUAUGUAUAUCUUUUAAUUAAAUAAUUUAACCUCGAACGCAUCUCUACAGCAUUCAAACAAACCUUGUGCUCGUUUUUCAGUUGUGCGCCCAUGUUUUGUAGCACAUGAUUAUUUUUGUUGGUUGCUCUUAGUUUUUCAAUGUUUUGGCCCCAAACUUCAAUGAGCCCCAAACUUCAAUAAAUGCGCGCUUUUUUCGCAUAAUUUUCCAUUUUUUGUUUUUCAUUAUUAUUAUUAUUUUUGAAGUAAUUUUGACGGAAUGUUUCUAAGAGCUUUUGUGUAAAAGCUUUUAGCAAAGUUUGUUACUUUUUUUUAGCUGUGUUUAUACAAAUAUUGGGUUGUCAAAAAAGUCCGAUACAGUUUCCAUUUCACUUCAGCUCGAUGUAUGGGUGCUACACGAAUUGAUCACACAUCGUAAUAUUGUUACCAGCAAAAUACUACAUUGCUCAUAUGGUAUUUUGCUAGCAUUUGGUGACACACAUGUGGUAUUUGUACCAUAUAUGGUAUUGUUACUACAUGUCUGUCGCAGGUACUAAGAUAUUUUCCUUGCUUUGAUUUCUGAAAAUUGCAAGAGUAUACAAUGUUCGGUUGCACCCGAACUUAGCCCUUCUUUACUUGUUACUAUGUAUAUUUAUUGGAUGAAGUUGUUUUAGGACCUCGGCAGUAAUCAGGUUGUAACCAGGGGAUUUUUUGUUUUUCAGAUUUAUUCGAUAGGCAACGAGUUUGAUGCCACUUACGACGUAGCUAUCUCUUAUAUCAUUAGAAUAUUGAGAGUUUACAGCAAUUUUCCUAUAUUCCGGUGUACUUUCCCAAGCUGCGUGUUGCAUACUUGUUGUAAAGUGUAAAAUUUCAUAUUCCAACUUGUCUGUAUUUAAUAUAGAGUCAUGUUUACUUGCGUAACAUUCAA